AUGGAAUGUUUUUCACCUGAGCAGCCAGAAACUAAAAAGGUUAGCUAUGAUGAUAUACCCGAUGAUCUUGCAUUUUCCAUUCUAUCAAAAUUGUCUUUGAAGUCUUUGAACCGUUUUGGAUGCGUACGCAAAUCAUGGACCCUCUUGUUUAGAAACCCUUAUUUCAUGAGCUUGUUCCUCAAAAAUUUGAUAUGUCAUAAUCGUUCGUACUAUGAUGAUACGUCUCUCCUACUACUUCGAAAUAUGAAUAUCAAUGAUGAAGAUAAAUGGGAGUUGUAUUCUCUUUUUGGCGAGAGGUUUGAGAGUAAGACCAAAUUCGAUUGGCCAAAUCCUUUUCAAGAGACUGACCCUGAAUUUUAUGUUGUGGGAUCUAGUAGUAUUCAUGGGGUUCUUUGUCUAAUUUGUGACUCUCAACCAAAUAAUAGAGUUGUAUUGUGGAAUCCAACUACCAAGGAAAUCAAGGUUAUUCCUACCAGCCUGAGUGAAUCUGUACGCUAUAUGGAUGUUGAAAUUACUCGACAUGGUUUUGCUUAUGAUUCUAUCAAUGAUGACUAUAAGGUUAUUCGACAGGUAUUGCAUGAUCGAAAUAGUGACACUGAUAGUGAUACUGAUGAUCUUUCAUUGGAUAAUAUAUCUCAUGAUCUCUUCUGGGAGAUAUAUAGCUUAAGAAGUAACUCCUGGAAGAAACUUAAUUUUGAUGUCCCGUAUGAUUAUAGAGAUGAAGGAGUGUGUCUGGAUGGAGUGUGUCAUUGGUUGGGUGAAGAUGGCUAUGACGAUGAAAACAAUGAUGAAGUAUAUCUAUUAUCAAUUGACCUAAGCAAUGAGAUAUUUCUUAUAACAUCCAUAUCUACAGAGGAUGAUGGUUUCUGGAAAGACUUGUUUGUGUUGAACGGGUCCAUUGCUUUAAUCUCAAUUUGUGAAGAAAUGAAUACUUUUUAUAUAUCAGUUUUGGGUGAACUUGGUGUGAAGGAAUCAUGGACUAUACUCUAUAAUUUUUGUCCCUUACGUUGCAUUGAGCGUCCUGUCAAAGCUGGAAAGAAGGGAUACAUAUUCCCUAAACUAAUCCAUGGAAAACAAGUUUGUUUUGAUUUCAACACUUUGACUGCUGAGAAGCUCAGUUUGGUAGGAUUUAGAAAGUCAAUAAUUUAUAAAGAAAGUAGUCUGCCAAUUGGAGGAAUAAACCAAUAA